AUGCCUAGAAUUUAGAAUAAUAAAACAAAGAAAACUCCACCUGGAUGGGAUAGAAUAGAAUAAAAGUUAUUAGAGUUAACAAAUAAGAUGAGAGACGUUGAAAACGAACCUCAUGAAGGCAAAAGAAAAGUAGAAGCUUUAUGGCCAAUAUAUUAAAUUCAUCAUGAAAGAUCAAGAUAUGUUUACGAAAUGUUCUAUAAAGCGAAGCCUGAAGAUAAGAUUUCUAGAGAAUUAUAUGAAUAUUGCUUACGUGAAAAGUGGGCUGACGCAGAUUUAAUUGCCAAAUGGAAGAAGAAAGGUUAUGAGAAAUUAUGUUGUCUAUAAUGCAUCCAACCCAAAGAUCAUAAUUAUGGAGGAACUUGCAUUUGCAGAGUUCCCAAGGGUUCGUUAGAAGAAGGCAAGGUCGUAUAAUGUUAAGCAUGUGGAUGCAGAGGAUGUGCAUCAUGUGACUGA